AUGUAUCUGCUUGCAAACAGGCAUGCCUCACCCCACCCCCAACUUUUUCCGCAUUUCUCAAUUGUCUACAAUCAUCUAUCACAUUUUAUGACAAAAUUUAUCCUAAAUCCUCAACAGGUGUCUUCUACACAGACCGUCAAUUCCACAGGAAUGAUCCUCAAGGGACCACGCCUCGUGAAAAAUCACGGGGUUGCAGCAACACCAGAUACCACAACAACAAUCGCUACCCUUCUAAAUCCAAAUAUCCCUCCAGACACCGAUCACCAAGCUCCUCCAAAUCAUGUAUUGUCUGCAACAAAGAAGGCUGUUGGUCCAACAAACACUCAAAAGCUGAGCGUGAAGAAGCCUUUCAGCAGCUUCAAAACCAAAAGAAUAAGUAUAACAAAAGAUACACCCAAUUUGUUGCUGAAUGUGGUCAGUCAGAAUCAGCCAUCCCCGAAUCAAUUCAUUUAA